AUGAGCACGUUUGCUGCUGCUGCUGCUGUAGAUGCGCCUAAUUCAGCAUUCAGUUCUACCACCCAAAGCGUUCAAGGAGGCGGCGGUGGCGUUCAAACGGCGCCCGCCACGCAGGACACUCAGUCUUUAGAAGAGGAGGAGGAGAUCAACCUACCUGACUGGAGCCUCUCUGGAGAGGAGAGAGGCGGGAGGCUGAUCAAAGCAGCUAUGAAGGGGGCAGUGGAGGAGGUCUGGACACUGCUCGCGGCUGGGGUGGAUGUUGAUGCAAGGAAUGGGGAGAGGCAGACCGCCCUGCACUGGACUGCUUGGGAGAGGCACGUUGAGGUGGUGAGGUGCCUGGUGGAGGAUGGAGCAGAUGUGGAUGCCAGGGACAUCAGGCAGAAAACGCCUCAGCACAAUGCUGCAUGGAGGCAGGAGCCAACAUUUUUCGAUGAGAUCUUAGCUGACCUCAAUCAGCAACUGGAGGCUGAAAGACAGCAGGGCCACCUGGCAGCAGUAGUUGAGGCAGGGGUACAUCAAGAAUGCAGGGCACGUGCUGAAGUGGCGGACGCCCUUAUUGGUAUGUUCAUGGGAGAGUCCACGGAAGAGGUGCUGCUGCUUGCUGUGGCUAGGGCUCCAGUGGCAGUGGCGGCCAAACCAACAGCCAUGAAGGGUGGCCCAAUGAGGCAUGAGAAGCCAUGCAAGGCACUUACAGUCGCAGUGUGGGAAGCUGCCACAGCUGCAGCCAUUGCUCAGCCCACACUCGGUGUAGCCCCAGCAUCACCUCUGCUCUGGCGUCUCUGGAUUGGACAUCAGCAAGAGCAAUGGCCUCCCACCCAUCAGGCGAGUGUGUCAGGCCUGCAAUAA